UCAAUGGAAAUCACCGUAAGUCGACGUUCAUAGAUGUAAUCGACCUCUCAAACGCUUGACGCGCUUCGAAUAUCCCAUCCAUUAACCCCGAGGCCUCCGAUCCGCUGCAUGAUUGAAGAACGAACGUCAUCCACAGCGACCACAGCGCAGAAAUGAAAUCCCGUAAUCCAAGCCCGUGAGGCAGAACAGUGAAACCGUCGUGUUUCACAUGCCCGUAUGAACCAGCAACGUAGCAACUGGUUCCGGGUGCGGAGUGCCGGUUUGCCAGUCAACGAGGAACCUUCGAGACGAUCGAGCAUUAUCCUGGCGCGAUCGAAGCACACCAUGUGUGCCGGCGUCGAGUCGAUCUUGUGCGUGAUCCUCGGGGUUUCGGGAAUCCUCAUGUCGCAUUUGGCGAACAGCAAUCCGUAUCGCGGUAAUUACACGGUGACACGUUCACAAUAUGACCGCUCGGAGAACAAGAUAUUCAAGGAAAAUAAAGUUCUGGAUGAGGAAAGUGGUUUGCAGAAUGCCCAUAACGAUCGAGAAAUGCACCUGUGUUUGAAUUCCAAAGGCAGAGAAGAAGAAAGAAUCGUAUUCGCUGAAGCAAAUAAUCAGCUUCAAAACACGCCCAGAGAGUUGUCUGGGAGUGAUGAUGAUGAUGAUGAUGCUGAUGAUUACAGAGGUUUUUCUCUAUUUGGCCUCGUUGAAUCCAUGCUGUCCGUCGUAGCGAGCGGGCUCAGCACAGUCGUGAACAGUAUCGUCGGUACCGAGAAGAAGGAUUCACGGUCACGUACCAGCAGAAUAAAUUAUAGAAAUUAUCAUUUAAUCAGGGCGUUUCCUAACACGGAAAGUCAAGCUGCGGAUCUGCGCGACUUAAGAGACGCCGAACCGGAAGACAUUAAAUUUUGGUCUUUUCCAAAUCCUAACAGAACGGCCGACAUGAUCGUGGCGCCGGAUCUCGUAAACGAUGUUAAGGAGUAUUUGAGAGAUAAGAAGAUUGACUUCAAAGUAUUAAUCUCUGACAUCCAGAAAACGAUCUCUUAUCAAAAUCCGAAGAUGUCCAAAGAACAGCGCGAGGACUUGGUCACCACUCAAGGCCACACGAUGACAUGGAAACGUUAUCACCGAUACGCAGAUUUAGAAUUGACUCGUACUGCUUUUUUCAGAGGUGUUGCUCCAUAUGACAUUGCUGUUCUGAAACUGAAAACUCCUCUCGUUCUCAACGAGAGAGUAUCCGCUGUUAACUUACCGAAAGAAAACGAGGUACGAACUGGAAAUGCUGUGCUUUCUGGAUGGGGCUCCAUCUCCAAGAGAUUGCUUCCAAAACUCCCCAAGGUUCUCCAAAAAGUUACUGUUCCUUUAUUGGACAGUGAAUCUUGUCAGGCUAAAUUCCCACCAAAUGACACACCAAAAGUCACAGAUACCAUGAUCUGCACUGAUGCUAUUGGGGAAAUAUCAGCAUGUUCCGGUGACUCUGGCGGUCCAUUGGUUCAAUUAGAAAAUAACACUCCCACUCAAGUCGGUAUCGUUUCAUGGGGAGUCUAUCCGUGCGGUGUCAAUCGCAUGCCUUCGGUUUAUACCCGUGUAGCUUCCUACAUCACUUGGAUUAAGUCGAAAACGUCGCUUUAAUUAAUAUUAAUUAAUAUUAAUAAUAUUAUUAAUCCAGUAUCUGUUACUGAUUAAUUUAAUAAUUAAUAUUGUAUUUUGAAACAUAAUUCUAUAUAUUGAUAUUUUAUUACAAUAUUUUUAAUUUAUAAAUUAAAAAAAGAUCGCGCGCGUGCUAACAACUAUUAAAAUUAGCUAAUAAAUACUGAGAACAAUAUUGUUACAUUUUACAUAAUGUUAAACUGUUAAAAAUAAACAAAUUAUUAUACAUGAUUAAUCACAA